AUGAAGAAGAUGCCUAGGCUAAUGGGAGAUUUGUGGUCCUCCUUCAAGCCAGUGACGGAGCCAGGUGGCACCCGAUCUAACAUAAGGCCAGACUAUGCAGACUCCAAUUUCCAUGAUUUCAAGAUGCACACCUUCACUCGGGUGACAUCCUGCAAAGUCUGCCAGAUGCUCCUCAGGGGAACAUUUUAUCAAGGCUAUUUAUGUUGUAAGUGUGGAGCAAGAGCCCACAAAGAGUGUUUGGGAAGAGUAGACAAUUGUGGCAGAGGUAAUUCUGGUGAACAAGGGACGCUCAAACAACCAGAGAAACGGACCAAUGGACUCCGAAGAACUCCCAGACAGGUGGAUCCAGGUUUGCCAAAGAUGCAGGUCAUUAGGAACUACACUGGAACACCACCCCCAGCUCUUCAUGAAGGACCCCCAUUACAUAUCCAGGCAGGGGAUACCGUUGAACUUCUGAGAGGAGAUGCACACAGUCGGUUUUGGCAGGGUAGAAACUUGGCUUCAGGAGAAGUUGGAUUUUUCCCAAGUGAUGCUGUCAAGCCUUCUCCAUGUGUUCCCAAACCAGUAGAUUAUUCUUGCCAACCUUGGUAUGCUGGAGCAAUGGAAAGAUUGCAGGCAGAGACUGAACUUAUUAAUAGGGUAAAUAGUACUUACCUUGUGAGGCACAGGACCAAAGAGUCAGGAGAAUAUGCAAUUAGCAUUAAGUAUAAUAAUGAAGCAAAGCACAUCAAGAUUUUAACAAGAGAUGGCUUUUUUCACAUUGCAGAAAAUAGAAAAUUUAAAAGUUUAAUGGAACUUGUGGAGUACUACAAGCAUCAUUCUCUUAAAGAAGGGUUCAGAACCUUAGAUACGACGCUACAGUUUCCAUACAAGGAGCCAGAACAUUCAGCUGGACAGAGGGGUAAUAGAGCAGGCAACAGCUUACUAAGUCCGAAAGUGCUAGGCAUCGCCAUCGCUCGGUAUGACUUCUGUGCAAGAGAUAUGCGAGAACUCUCCUUGUUGAAAGGAGAUGUGGUGAAGAUUUACACGAAGAUGAGUGCAAAUGGCUGGUGGAGAGGAGAAGUGAACGGCAGGGUGGGCUGGUUUCCAUCCACAUAUGUGGAAGAGGAUGAAUAA